AUGGCAGAGGACAGGGAAGUUUCCCCUGCGUUGUCCUUGAACGUUGUAGACGCCUUAGCGACGGUUGAAGACAACGAGUUGACACCUUCGCCCACUGGGUUGAAAGGUAAACAACGUGCUACAAAACGGAGGCAUUCUGAGACCUCUAGUAGUUCUAAAAGCUCUAGUAGCUCUUCGUCAUCGAGUUCUAGCGAUAACAGCGACUCAGACGAUUUUGCUAGCUGUAAAGAUGGUGACUACAAACGUCGCAAGAAGCGUAAAUCUUCACCAGAGCGAAAGGCAACGCCAAAGACACAAGCAACGCGAAGGGACACUUCACCGGACCCCGGGUCUGAGUGAGUCUGACGUUGAUGUUUACGUGCGCUUUGACACGGAUAACACAACUUGUGAACAAUUGGUUUUACCAAAAGAAUGGUGAAGUACUUAGCAAAUAAAUUUACAUCCUAUGUUCCAGACAAGGAUAUUCAGGAAACAGUACUUGAUGCAAACCCUGUGCCGAAUAUUCAAUGCCUUCAAACCCCAAAGAUUGAUGAUUAUCUUGGGGAAAUAUUUGAAACUAUGGGCAAAUCUUACGGCAAAGAGUCGGAUAAUAGCCUUGUGAAAGUGCAAUCUCGUGUUUCUAAUGUUAUGGGACCCCUCGGCAAGCUGUGGCUUGCACUGGAGGAGGUCAGAACUCGUAAAUCCGAUACACAACUUGACCUGUAUGCAUGCUUAAAACUGGUUGAGCAGUCUAUUACAUUGCUUUGACAAGCCAAUGUAAAUUUGUUAUAUACACGACGAUUGGGAGUUCUUUCUCGCCUAACAGGGGAAAUGAAAAAGGCUAAAAGCUUGCUUAAUUUAAGAAGCAUCAGACGUCAUUAGCAAAGCCUCAUAAAGCCUUGUUUGGCAAAACGUUCUACAAGGCCCUCCACAAGGCCACACAAUUGAGAAAGUCUUCAAAAGAGAUUUCUCACCAUAUUACUAGCCCCCCUCACCAGAAAAUUCAAAAGAAUGGUGCCAAUAGAAAUGUUGUCAUGAAAUACCAACCCUUUCGCCAAGGGCCCUCAUUUCAGAGCCGAGGUGGGGGCCGACCCACUCAGUUCCGGGGCAGAGGAAGUGGCUACAGAGGCAGUGGUUACAGAGGAGACAAAGGAUAUCCUUUUAAAGGCAAGUCCUUGCUCAUUACAUUCGAGGUCAAGCGGAGAUCACCCGAGUCACACCUGUCACCUCUCAGACCAGGUUCUGGGCAUUCCACAACAGACUGUUCAGCUGAACAUCUAGGACUAGAUACAUCAAUUUCACACUUGCCUCUACCCCUUGCAGGGAGACUCCAGUAUUUCCAGAAAAAUUGGGAAUGUCUAACUGGGGAUCAGUUUAUUCUGCAGAUAGUCUCGGGGGGUCAAAAUACCAUUUCUGGAAUCCCCUGUUCAAAACAGACAUCCAGUUCCCCACACUCAUACCCAAUUAGAAAAGGAAAAAAUCACGCAGGAAGUUGUUGGAGUGCUGCAGAAGGGAGCGAUUCAGGUGGUCUCUCCACGUAA